AUGACAGAAAAUUAUAGGAGCACAAAUGUGGAGAAGUAUAUUGGUGAAAUAAAAGGAGGACUGAGACCAACUAUGAAAAUCACUAUCAUGGGGGUAAUAUGCACAAACCCCCAAAGUUUUUCAGUGACUUUGCUGUGUGGCCCUAUGGAUGCAAGCACAGAUAUUGGAUUGUUACUGGCAGUCAACUUUACUGAGAAAUCCAUUGUCCGGAAUUCACGGAUUGCUGGGAAGUGGGGGAAGGAGGAAAAGACAAUUCCCUACUUCCCAUUUACAGCAGGGGACUCAUUUAAGAUGGAGCUGUUGUGUGAGCAUCAGCAGAUUCGAAUCCUGCUUGAUGGGCGUCAGCUCUGUGAUUUCACUCACCGCGUGGUACCUAUGCAAAGGGUGACAAAUUUGCAAAUAUCAGGAGAUCUCAAGCUUACCAAAGUGGCUUGAAAAAAAGAAUAAAGAACCCUUC